CAGCUCUUCCGGCGGGCGGCGAUGGCGGCAGCGCUCUGGGACUUCGGCGUGGGGGACCGCAGGAAGGCGAGCGGCGAGGAGGAGGGCGACGACGACGGCGAUGAAGAAGCGGAAGGCGGAGAUGCGGGAGAAUUCACGCUGGACGAGGUGCUGCGCCUCGGCGGCACCAAGCAAGAUUACCUCAUGCUGUGUGCCGUGGACGAGGAGGGCGAGAUGGUGGACGGCGGCAAGAAGGACACGAUCGAUGACCUGAAGGAAGGGGAGCUGGAGGCGUUCGUCAGCUCCCUGGGGCUCAACAAGUAUGCAAAGAGUUGCCUGGUGGUGGAGGGGGAUGAGGAUGAUGGUGACAGCAAGGAGAAAGGGAAGUCUCCAAAGAAAGAGAAGAGCAAGAAGGAAACAAAUCGUCCUUCACUAGAGGGGAAAAAAGAAAAAAAAGGAAAGGAAAAGGCAAGCAGUGUGAAAGACAGCAAAAAAAAGCAGGCUGGCGGUGAUCGGGGCCAACAGCCUUCGGCAAAGAAAGAAAGGCUGGAAGGAGAUUUUGAAUUUCAUGCUAGGCAGACAAUCCUGAUCAAACCGGGGGGCAAGUGGUAUGAUCUAGAAUACACCAACGAAUUCUCUCCAGAGCCACAGAAUCAGACACUUUUGUCCAAGUACAAAGCCUUGGCCCAAAAGCUGUAUGAACACGAGACAGACCUGUUCAAGAAUAAGACAGACUAUCAGAAGGGGGCCUCUUCGGCGUGGAUUAAAACUGUUGUGUCCUCGGGAACCUUGGCUGACAGGAUGGCAGCGAUGACCCUUCUCAUCCAGGACAGUGCUGUCCACAGUCUCCAGUUUGUUGAGAACUUGAUAAACCUCAUAAAGAAAAAGGGCAGCAGGCAGCAGAGCCUUAUGGCUUUAGAUACUUUCAAGGAGCUUCUCAUUACAGAUAUCUUACCAGACAAUCGGAAAUUGCGGCCUUUCUCGCAGCGACCGCUUAACAGCAUAGUGCAGAUGUCGAGUGGCAACAAGGAUUCGAGAGACAAGCGGUUGAUACUUUGGUACUUUGAGCAUCACCUGAAGCUGCAGAUAGCAGAGUUUGUGCAGGCCUUGGAAACACUGAGCCACGAUUGUCUGACAGCCACGAAAUCCCGAGCGCUGGCAGUUUCCCACGAGCUGCUCUGUAACAAGCCCGAGCAGGAGAAAGCCCUGCUGGUUUUGCUGGUGAAUAAGCUGGGUGACCCUCAGAACAAGAUCGCCACCAAAGCCUCUUAUCUUUUAGAGACCUUGCUUCACAAGCAUCCAAAUAUGAAGGGAGUAGUGUGCAGUGAGGUGGAGAGGCUUUUAUACCGCACAAACAUCAACGUGAAAACUCAAUAUUAUGCUAUCUGCUUUCUAAAUCAGAUAGUCCUCAGUCAUGAAGAAAGUGCAUUGGCUAACAAGCUGAUAACUUUGUACUUAUGCUUUUUCCGGAACUGUAUUAAGAAAAAAGAUGUUGAAUCCAAAAUGCUCAGUGCUCUUCUUUGCGGGGUAAACAGAGCUUACCCUUACGCUGAGACGGGUGAUGAGAAAGUGAAGGAGCAAAUGAACACCUUGUUCAAAGUUCUGCAUCUUGUGAACUUCAAUACCAGUGUCCAGGCCCUGAUGCUGCUGUUUCAAGUGAUGGACUCUCAGCAGACGGUAUCGGACAGGUACUAUGCAGCGCUGUACAAGAAGCUUCUAGAUCCUGCUUUAGCAAUGUGCUCAAAGCCAUCCAUGUUUCUAAACCUUGUCUAUAAGUCUCUGAAGGUGGAUGUUGUGUUGCGGCGUGUGAAGGCCUUUGUGAAGAGGCUACUUCAAGUCACCUGUGGGCAAAUGCCACCCUUCAUUUGUGGAACCCUGUACCUUCUGUCUGAGCUCCUGAAAGUGAAACCAGAGUUAAGGGUCCAGUUACAGGAUCACGUGGAGUCAGAUGAUGAAGAAUGCUUUAAGGAUCAAGAAGAGGCUGAAGAGGAUGAGGAAAAAUUUGUGGAUGCUGACCAAGAAGUAGAAGAUGAAAAGAGAAGUACAACGGAAAGUUCUGCAAAAACAAACAAUUCAAAUUCAUCAGCCUCGUGGGUGCAUCAUCUGAAUAUGGGAGGCAGGAAGAGUGGAGCUUCCUAUGAUCCUAUGCACCGAAGUCCUUUAUACUGUGGUGCUGAGAGUACAAGCCUUUGGGAACUGAAGAAGCUUUCGGAACAUUUUCAUCCGUCUGUGGCCCUGUUUGCAAAAACAAUUCUAAAAGGAAAUCACAUUCAGUACUCCGGUGACCCUUUGCAGGAUUUCACGUUAAUGAGAUUCUUGGAUCGCUUUGUGUACAGAAAUCCCAAACUCAGCAAAGGCAAAGAAAACACCAGCAGUGUGGUAAUGCAGCCGAAGAAGAGGCAGUUCAUGAAGGAUAUGCAGAAUCUUGCAGUCAACAGCAAGGAAUUCCGGGCCAAAGAUGAAAGCAAAAUCCCAGUGGAUGAAGUGUUCUUUCACAGAUUUUAUUCGAAGUUCGAUAAGAAGAGAGAGAAACAAAAGCGUCUGGAUGAUGAAGAAAGUGUGGAAGAUGUGGAUGAUGAUGAAUUUGAAAGAGCAUUGGAUACUUUUGAGGCUGCUGAUAAUGCCGUUGUUGGCCAGGAUGACCUUGAUUUUGCUGGUAAUAUAAAGAAAAAUCCCAAAGGCGGCAAGAAAGGCCAGGGUGCUGACUGGGAGGAUUCUGAUGAUGAAGAUGACUUCAGCGAUCUGGAUGAUGAGGAAGUCUCCUUAGGAAGUAUGGAGGAAGACUUUGAAGAGGAUAUGGAUGAAGAGGGAGGUGUAUUUAUGGAUGUGUCUGAAGAUGAAAACGACCUAGACUCAAACAAUGACAAGCAACUGAAAUCUGUCAGUAAAAAGGGCAAGAAAAAGAAAGAUUUUGCAGGAUCACUGGAAGGAUCCAGCCGAGGAAAGAAGAGAAAACUCCAAGAUGCUGGCAUCCUGGCAUCUGCAGAAGAGUUUGGCUAUCUGCUGGAUGAAAACGCUGGGUCCAAGUUCGACAAUAUCGGAAUGAACGCCAUGGCCAACAGAGAUAACGCGAAUGUCAAACAGAUCCAGUGGGAAAUAGAGCGUGACAAGUGGCUUCACAACAGGGAUGUGAAAAGCAUCAUCAAAAAGAAGAAACAGUUCAGGCACAGAGGGCUGAAAAACAGCAAGUACAAAGGCAAGAAAUCAAGACGAUGAACCGGACAUCUUGAUGUGGACAUUUUAAAAAUAAUUAUUCUUAAACAGUUUUUUAUUUAAUCACACGUCUUUCUUACUUCAGUUCUUGCUGCUUAACCAUGUCAUCUGGUCAUUCUCCCUUAUGCCAUGAAUUCCAGACCACUCAUUGGAUUUGUAAUAAACUGAAAAACAGGAAAAUGCAUGUCAGGUCUAAGUUAGAAUACCUGAUGAGCAGCCCCUUUGUGGCUAGUUUUAUUCAGCGUAUAACCCUCCAGCUGUGAGGUCUAUCCGACAGUCUGACACUCCAGCUGUGCCUUAGCAAUAAACACUUCUGCAGUGUCUCCUGGGGAAAGUUUUAAGCCAUCCUAAGAUUGGUUUUAUAUAUUAAGAUGCAACAGAAGCUUCAGCCAUCUUUCUGAAGCCAAUGACUACAAACCCACCUUCCAGAAUUGAUGGAAACCUCUUCUGCAUUGUGUAUCUGAAAUCUGACAAGAAAGACAAAUCACAGUUACUUUCCCAGCAUAUAUUAAGAUGAAUAAUUAAAUGCACUAUUUUUCUAACUA